AUGCCAUCAGAUCGCAGCCACUCAACAAAGAAAUCUCGCGCGAAUUUCGGGAUAUCAUCUCAAAAGCGUCAGUCUAAUAAACCGAAACCGCUCCCGUUAGUCGAGCGCACGAAUGCACUAUCUCUCGAGGAGUUUGUAUCGUUAUACAUCCCAUCCUCGGAACUGAGAUUCCAGAAGGCAGCACGGAAGGAACAAGACUCUUCUACCUCGUCUCCUUCACGCCAUGAUGACGAAUUCAAAGAUGCUCCCACCAAAGCGGAGAACUUGCCUGCAUCAAAGAAAGGGCCAGGUGCAAAGGAGAAAUCAGAUGCAUCUACAGCUACACCUACGUGCACAUAUACACUCGACAUUCACACAGCAGCAACGAUCCAUGUCGCCGACCUAGAUGCAUGUUUCGGUCUCAUCGAGCUAACCUCCUCAGCCGCGUACAAGACGUCGAGUAUGGGAUGGUCACCAAAGGAAAAGAGAAAGGAGAUGAAGCUACCGGAUAUGAAGUAUAUGAUUUUACGACGGGCGGUGCUCGAUGGCGAUGCUGCUGCUGCUGCUGUUGCUGCUGGUGGUAGUUAUGAGAGUGAGGGCUCGGACUUUGCAGGCUUUCUCGAAUACAUGGUUACGUACGAAGACGGGUAUGAAGUGCUCUACUGCUACGAGAUCCAUCUUACGCCGGAGGUGCAGGGGCAAGGGCUGGGGGAGGAGCUGAUGGCGCGGUUUGAGCGGGUGGGAGCGCGCAUUGGGCUUGAGAAGGCCAUGUUGACGGUUUUCAAGUCGAAUCGGCGCGCGAUUAUGUUCUAUGAGAAAGUGGGGUAUACGGAGGAUGAAAGCUCGCCGCGGCCGCGGAAAUUACGGAAUGGGUCAGUCAAGGAGGCUGAUUAUAUGAUUAUGUCCAAAAGUUUGCGUUAG